UACGCCUGAACGCCUCAAGUGCCACAGCAGGUUUCGCGGAGGGGGAAGUGAGUCUCCACUUCAGCUUUGUCUUUGACGACAUCCCUCUGUAAAGGAUAUAUUUCGGCUGCACUACAACACGUGAGACGGUUCAGUUAAUAACGUAAGGUUAUUAUUAUCUUCAUAUAGCCAGCAACGUAUCACCGAGGUGGUCUUGAAAAUGCUCCAGUCUCUAGCCAGCAAUUCGUGUGUGCGGUUGAUACAGAGUCACAAAUCGACGUGGUAUUUUGCAUCUCUGGUGUUGGGGUACCUGCUGUAUCUCGUGUUCGGCGCUGUUGUGUUUUCGUCGGUCGAGUUGCCGUAUGAAGACCUCCUGCGUCAGGAGCUGAGGGCCAUUAAGAAACAGUUUCUCCAGGAAAAUGAGUGUCUGUCGGAGGAGCGUCUCGAACGCUUCCUAAAAAAAGCCCUGGAGGCCAGUAAUUAUGGGGUUUCCAUCCUCAACAACGCCUCGGCCAACUGGAACUGGGACUUCACCUCUGCGCUGUUUUUCGCCAGCACCGUCCUGUCCACCACAGGAUAUGGUCAUACAGCACCCCUGUCAGAUGGCGGGAAGGCCUUCUGCAUCAUCUACUCGGUGAUCGGUAUCCCCUUCACACUCCUCUUCCUUACCGCUGUGGUGCAAAGGAUCAUGGUGUUCAGCACGCGGAGGCCCAUCAUGUACAUCCACACACACUGGGGCUUCUCCAAGCCACUGGUGGCCAUUGUUCACGCCACUCUCCUCGCCACGCUGGCUGUCUCGUGCUUUUUCCUCAUCCCUGCUGCCAUCUUCUCCGCGCUGGAGGAGAACUGGAACUUCCUGGAGUCUUUCUACUUCUGCUUCAUUUCCCUCAGCACCAUCGGUCUAGGAGACUACGUACCCGGAGAAGCUGUGAAUCAGAAGUUCAGAGAGCUCUACAAAGUGGGCAUCACCGUCUAUCUGAUCCUGGGCCUGAUAGUCAUGCUGGUGGUGCUGGAGACCUUCUGUGAGCUGCAGCAGCUGAAGCAGCUGAGGAAGAUGUUCUACCUGAAGAAGGAGAAGCCGCAGGACCGCCUCGCCAUCUUGGAGCAUGAUCACCUGUCCUUCACUACUGUGUCCAAAAGAGCCCAGCAGGAGGACAAAACCCAUCCGUUUGUUAGUGUCUCGACUCUGGGCUCUCCCAACGAUGAUCCCAUGAUCCAGUAAACAUCGACAGAGCAAGCAUCUGCGGAAGGAUGAAGACGUGAGAGUAGGGGGUAAUGCACACAAGACUAUAACUAGAUAGAAUGAGUAACUCAUACGUCUCAGCUGUAGGCAUUCUGCAAUGCUCAAUCCUGCAAAUUCUAGUCAUAAAAUUAGUUGAGACUAUUCAGAUCAAGCAUCCUUUACCAACUCUCAGUACUGAUAUUAUAGUGCUAUGCAGCAGAUAUUAAAUUAAUGUGUAUUAAUAAGGCAGAAAACUAAUAUUUUAACAGUGACGAUAAAGACAAAUGCAGUGAUAAAGAAAAGCCUUCUGCUGUAUUUAUGACUCACAGGAGCUAAGCUCCUUUAAGAGCUGAACUAUUUAUUGCAUAUUAGGAACAUUUUAGAAAGUAAUUGGUCUCUUAAAUCUAGCGAAAACAUAGAACAACUGUCUGUAGUCAGUCACAAAACAGUAACAUAAAUAUGUACGUAUCUUAUAAAUACUUGACGGGUACGUGGAAUGUACAUAAUCAGGUAAAUGUUUUAGGAUGUACAGUAUCGAGACAUCAAGGAUUAACACACCUUUUAAAGAUGAGCCAAAGUGUACACAAGACAUGAAGACAACGCCAGUAUUUCAUUUUCAUUUUGGUUGCAUAAUGUGGUUCACAUGGUCAACUGAAAGAAAGGUUACAGUUUUCAGUUCCUAAAUGAAGCAUCUGAAAGAAGAAACAAUAGAUUUUAUGAACAAUAAGCGGGCUGAGCUCAGGAGGAGUAAUCCUGAAAGUGUGACUGGAAGUUUGCAGAAACAACAGGUGUUGUUGAAGAAACUGCCAGUAAGAAACAGUUUACUCUUCAGUCUAUGUUUUGAUAUAUGUUUGGCUCAUCUUUACAAAGCUGUUUACUGUUCUGGUGGCACUCCACAUUGUCACAUUUCAUAGUGAGGGAAAAUAUUUGUCUGUGUAUUUUCUGAACAUGUUGCAGUGGUAUUUCAAAGUAGUCCAUGUGUGAUAAGAAGCACUAUAACUUAUAGAUUUGUCUGAAUGACUUACUGUGUGCUGGACUGUGUGAAAAGGGAAGUGAGGUUAGCCUGGCCUAAAAGGGAACCACACACUAAGGGCCCCGCUGGUCCGUUGCAUUACACUGUCAGUAAUCAAAGCGCAGUUUGCACAUGUUCUGGAGACAGGCAGCAGUACAGAAAGAAAGGGACAUGGUUCCAAAGAUUUCAUCCGUCACAACAGGAGAUAUUUUUAGUGGAAAAAUCUCUCUCUUUUUUUUUUUAAGCAAAGUUCUUUGCACUAAGGAAAAGUAAAGAGCGAGACAGUUGAACAGAAACUACUUAACUGUAUUUUCAUCAUUUGAAUGCACAAAUGUAUAUUUUUCAAUACGACAUGAGGAAGGUUUACAAAAUCUUGUUAGUAAAUAAUGAAAUUAAUUCUUUACUAGGAUUGGUACAUGAGGAAAACUUCAACAGCAGCAGGAGUGCAACUAAAACUUCCCAGUUCUGAUUAUCUGUCACAUUUGUAAUCUGCUCAAAAACCAAGUCCAUGUCUGUCCACGAUAACUGUCCAUGAUUGGAACAUAAACCAGUGGAUAUACACUUGCAAGUUUGUACGAUAAAGCACUCCUCUGUGUAUUUUUUUAAAGUAUUUGUAUCUGGAGGAAAAAUGUUAUGACAGAAUGUCCCAUUUUCGGUCCACUAAUAUUCUGUUUAGUGCAACCCACACGUACAGUGUAGCAAACUGCUGCAGCGCAGGAUUAUAUGUCAUAUUUACCUUUAGUACAAACUUCUUACUUCAUAUUUUUCCGCUAUGUUAUGCAUCAAGACACAGUCGCAGCCUUUUAUGAAGUCUUGAAUGUAAUGUUUUUAUGCCAUUUGCUACAGUGAGAGUGCAGCAAAUACUCCUUUGCUGCUUUGCUGGCUCUGUUAAUUUAGGAGAGCUGCGGCAAAGGUGUCAUGCCCGCUUGCAAAAUGAGCUUUGACAGUGUCAUUAUCUGAUAUCUUACUAACUGAUCUUUAAUAUUGUAUUUUAUCGAUUGACGAGGUUAUAUUUCAUGUUUGUUUUUUUCCACCAGUCUAGGCCUUCAUGUAAACUGUGAAGCAUUGUUCAUUUUGUCUGCUGCGCAAAAGGGAGAACUUGAAUUUUGUCGGGGUUGGGGUUUCUCUUUUACUGUAAGAUGUUUCAUGUUUGGUAGCUAUACUGAAUAGAUUGAUGUCAAGCCUUUCGGCCCUUCAGCCUGACUGCUCUUGGCAGUAUUUGUCACGCACAUACAGUUUGUCUUGAAGGUACGAGCUGUCGGGGUGAAGUAGUUCUGUUCAGGGAGUUAGCAUUGUAUUAAACGGAAGCACACUGACAUUAUUUAUUUAUGCUGACAAAAGUAACGUGUCUGGAAUAUUUUGAAUCGUUGGUUUUCUGUACAUAUCUCUUCAGUUGGCAUUGUUGGUGCGUACUGUGGAUUCACAUGCACCAUCCAGUAUUUAAGUGUUAUGAUUUCCAAUAUUGUAAUACAGGUUUGACAGGAGUACAGAGGUUUUAUGUGAAAUUCAUUUUAGCAGAAGCAGUGAAUCCAUGAACUGUAAAACAUCAUUGUGUCUUAAAUAAAGUUGGUGGUUUAUAAAUACUUAA